AUGGCGGACUUGCCGACUGCCGUGGCAAAGGUCGAAGCCAAAGUUUGCGGGCGCUGUCAAGUGGAAGUCGCGGUGAGUGAGCUCAUCCAGAAAGCUUGUGGUCGAACCAUUUGCAAGAGUUGCAAUGGCCUCGCUACCUACCUCUCUCGGCUGGAUAUCCCGCCGAGCAUGCAGUUGCAGGACGAGGAGAAGUUGGACUUCUUUCGCUCGGCCCAGAAGCUACGGGACGACUCGGGCAAGAUCUCCUUGAGCAAGAUCCGAGAAGAGCUUGCUACCAUGGCCAAGGUGCGGACCCUCAACACGAAGAAAGACAAGCAAGAGGGUGCUUUCUUGCCUCUCUCGCGCUGGGCAGCCCUGGGCCACACCGAGACAGAGCUGGACAACAUCGAGAAGUAUGGAGAACGCGAAGAACACCCUGUCUUCGGCCCUACCUUCCGAGUACCUGUGCACUUCGUGCUGGACGCGUCGGAGCAGCAGACCCUGCGGGAGCAGUCCUUGCUCGUGGUUCUCCGACCUCGCAAGCGCAAGGCUCUCGAGGCGACAGCUGCGGAGGAGGACAAGCCCGCCGUCGACACCCAGCAGGACGUCGAGGAGGCUCUGGCCCUGCUGUCGGACGAGGACGACGAGCCCGCCGCGGGAAACGAGCGACCUCUGAAGGAGCUCACGGCCAAGCAGCUUGCAAAGAAGCUGCAGAACGAAAAGAACAAGCAAGAGAAGAAGCAGCUGAAGGAGGCCCUCAAGAAACCGAGCCUUGCGGAGUUGACCAAGGAGACGCUGCAAGGGCGCCUCACCGGCUUGGAGGACUGGCGUCUUAAAGCCAACAGCGCGGUCGCGACGCACUUGAAGGACAGCCGCUCUCUGCUGCCCGAGCUUCCCUUCGACGAGGCCCGCCUGAAGGACUUGGUCUCGGCCACACGAACCUUGCUGAAGGACUUGCGUGGGGCUAGCACGCCACGGGCCGCAGGGUCCGAAACUGCUGGCGCCUCCUGA